GAAAAAUGCUCAACCACCUGUCAAAUUCUCUAGGGUAGACUCACUACACACUGUCAAGUCAAUCCGGCAGCUAACGGGAGUGAUUGGAGACUACAAGUGUCCUUCUUUUUACCCAAUACUAAGACAAUAUGCUAACCUCACCCGUAGACGACUCGAACAUUUUGUUCCACUUAUUAAAUUACAGUACAUUCUGCUUGUGCUUAGUGUCUAAAGUCCCGUCAAUUGUUCUCGUAGCAAGAGCGAAGUCCUCCAAGGGAUUCAGCCUGAAGGGCUUGCUGUUGGAGUUGACUGGGUAUGUUGUGUUUGUCACCUACCAGAUUCACCAUGCUGCACCAUCUUCCACGUUCCUGGAGUACCCGAUACUUAUUGCCCAAGACACCGUCCUGCUUCAGCUCAUCCUCUAUUACAAUGGGAAAGCCAAGCACAGCUUGAUCUACAUUGCACUAUUUGUAGGGGGAUGGAAACUUGUCACACUACAAGAUUGGAUCAUUGAUCUGGCUAUGAGCCUCUGUACCUUGAUCAGUGCCAGCAGUAAGUUUGCUUCCGCCCAGUGCCUGUACCAGUCCAAGGACUCCUCCGGGGUCAGUGCCCUCGCCUGGAGCAUCUCCUGCUACACCUGCCUGGCGAGGAUGUUCACUACAAUCAUGACAACAGCAGACAUACAAGUUCUUACCCGGUUUGCGGUCUUGUCAUCGCUCAAUGGAUUUGUGCUGGCCAUGAUAUUCCACUACAGAAGAGAUGUCAAAAAAGUGGAAUGAGCUUUGGAGACGAGAGUCUGUCAGUCACCUGGGUUAUGCUCUUCAGGCACCAAACGGAAGAACACGGAAUGAAACAGGGAGGGACUAACUGGAAAAUGUUUUCUAUCAUGUGCCCUUAAUGAAUAUGUCCCUGACUUGUGAAACCACUAACAAUGUCUUACCCACUGGUCUUUUGGUCCCAGAACAUGGUAUUCGGGCAACCUAUAGAAAAAAAAGUCUUAACUUUUCCAAAGCAAAAUGAUGGGCAAUACAAGUACACACACAAUAAAGAAUAUUCUCCGUCUUA